AUGUCCCAUAUCGAAAUCAUCGAGUUACACAGGUACUAUCCUGAUGGCAUUAAGCGGAUCAUUGGCCGGGGUGGGCAAAGUUAUAUUGGUGUUGUUAAUGAAUCGACAGUGUUGAAAUACCCGACCAUACCAGGCACAACCAGCAAUCUUCAAGUAGAGAGUCAGCUCCUUGAGAUAUUAGGUAACCAUCCUCGAAUUAUCGGAUCGAAAGGCCUAACCGAUGAUGGCCUACUCCUUGAAUAUGCAGUAAACGGAGAUUUGAAUAGCUACAUCGCAGCAAACCCCGGCACAUCUCUAGACCAAAGGUUGCAAUGGUGUCGACAAGCUGCUGAAGCAGUAGAGUAUUUACACAAAAAGCGAGUCAUUCACUGCGAUAUCAACUUACGCAAUCUCUUACUCGACAAAAACCUCGAUCUCAAGCUCGCAGACUUCCAGGGAAUGCAUAAAUCGUGCGAUGGGGACGUUCUACUUGAUGGCUUAUCUCGAGAGUGUACCAAGUCGUUCCUACCGCGAGCUCAUGGUGAUUACGCCGACGUGAAAACCGACCUUUUCGCUCUCGGAUCUGCGAUCUACUUCAUUAUGAUGGGGCACGAAGUUUUCCCGGACUUAGACAGCAAUGAGGACGAGGAGGAGAUUGAACGCCGGUUUCGAAGCAGCCAAUUUCCGAUCGAUCCGCAAGGGUGUAGUGCAAUUACGAACAAAUGCUGGACACAAGAGUACGGCUCUUCUCAGGAGGUUGUUGACGAUAUCACAGCUGUUCAGAAAACCAUGGCCUCUACGUUAUCCAUUGGUCAGGAAGGCUGA